UAAUAUUCAGCACAUUUUUCUGUAUUGUAUACACGUUAUUGUGCGUGAAAACGGGUUUUUUCCCAAUACCAAUAAGCUAAUGAUUUAGCUAUUUGGAAAAUAUAGAUAACAAACUGUGUUAUUAAAAUCAAAUAACACGUUAUUAAAACUUAAGAAAAUUACUAUGCCACUGACGAAUGUAAAAAUAUUUUGUGAUACGUCUACCAACAAUUAAAGACUAUAUUUAACAGAAAGUUUUUAUCAAUAAUUCACUUGGACUAUCUCACCUGAGAAUUCGUUGUACUAACAACUUAGUACGUCAAUAGUUUAUUCAUUAAAAAAAAAGUUGUACUGAAUGGACUAGAACUUCUAAGCAUGCCGAAAAUCAAAAUUCAACGACAUAUGGUCAAAUGUUUAAUUCAUGCAAUGAAGGGUUAAAAUGCAUAAUUUCCCACUUUUUUGUAGUAUAAAAGUAAUAUGUGUCUCAAUGAAAUAUAAAACAGAUGGGUCAUAUCUAAAAGAGAAUUUCUAACUAUUAUUGUACUAAACAUUGAUUUCAAAAAAAUAAAAUUUAUCUUGGAUGUUAUUACUUCAAACGACACCGAUAAUAAAAUGGAAUUAUUAACUAUCCUAAAUUUAUUACACUCGAUUACUUUUAAAAGCCAAAAAAUAUACGGUAUCAUACUUUCAAUAAGUUUGUAUACAUUUGUAUUUUUUAUUUUCAGUAUUAUUGGAUUAAUUGACAACGUAAAACAAAGUGAUAUUAACAUUGACAAAAUGACAAAUGUCAUAUUUAUUUAUAUGAAUUAUUUAUGUGCGGCAAUUAAGUUCAUUACAGUACUUUAUUAUGAUGAAAUUCUAAGUAAAAUAAUUUCCGUUACGUUUGAUGAUUUUUUCAAAAGUGAACUUUGUCAAACAAAAAUUAGUCUACUUAAAGAAAAAAUCAGAAAAACACAAAUUAUGUCCUUUAUGUAUGCUACUGCUUUUUGUGUAGUUUUUAUUUCGUGGAUGAUUGUUCCUAUUGCUGCUAAUUUGUACAUACAUCAACAUUUCAAUAUUACAACACGUUUAAAUUGUUUAAAUUUAUUUUAUCCCGUUUCUCAACUAACGUAUGAUAAAUACUAUUAUAUAUUUUAUUUAAAUGAACUCAUAUGGGCAAUUUGGGUUAUUUGGAUGAUAGUUACUUUUGAUUCCCUAAAUUGGUCAUUAUGUCAGAUAAUUUCAACUCGAUAUGCAAUCGUAUUUUCAGCUUUUGCAAAAUUGAACACCGACAAUGAAAAUAAAACAAACUAUGACAAUAUUGAACACUUGAUUUCAGACAAUCAACGAUUAAAUAGGUACACUAAAAAAUUCUUUACUGUCAUUCGUCCUGUUAUAUUAUUUCAAAUAGCUAAUGGUACAUUUUCGAUUGUGGCUUCCACAUAUUUUAUUUCUGCGCAACUAAUAUCCAAUUCUAUUAAUAUGUAUGAAUUUUCUAAAUACUUUAUAGUAAUGAUUGUAAUGGAAGUUCAAGUAUUCCAAUACACAAAAUGUUUAAAUGAAAUUGACAUAAAGAGAGACAGUAUAAAUUUUGGAAUUUACAGUAGUAACUGGAUGACAUCCAGUACACGAAUGAAAAAAACACUUUUACAAGUUAUGAUGAUAAAUAACGCUAAUAAUUUAAAAAUUAAAGCAACACCUGAAAAAAUGAUCAAUUUGAAAUUCUUCUUAAGUAUGGUCAAAACAUCGUACUCUGUCGUAUCAGUCAUGUUAAAUGUCAAGUUUCGAUAAUUAUUGUUAUUAUAAGCUAUAUUUAAUAGUUUUUAAAGAUUUAGUUAGAUUUUUUAUACUGAUGAAUUUCAGUUUAGUAGAAAAUUCACUUUAGUUAUAUAAUAUUUUGAUUCUGUAUAUGUUAAUA